AGUCAGUAAAAUGAGUUAUUUCUUACUCACUCCGGCCAAAUUAAAUUAAUUGUUACUAUUUACAUGAUCAAUUUUUUUUUCUCUAUUCUUGUUACGUAUUUUAUAAAAUAAUAUAUUCGUGUCAUAUCUAAUUCCAUAGAGUUUUUGAUAUACUUUUUUAUUAUGUAAAGUUUAUUUUUUAAUUUUACUACAUUUUCUUAGUAAUAAAUUAAAUUAAAAAUAAUGUUGGGAUGGGCCGGUGAAUAAUGAGGGUGGAAGUACUCCAUAUCUUCAAAAAAAAAGAAAAGUGUCCGUCCCGGGUGUAGCAACAGGGAAUGAGCAUAUUGAACGGCGGCAAUGGGAGUUUUUGGGGAAUGGGAUCUCCCCAUUCCCGGGACUGGAAUCGAAGAAGAAGAGGCGGAGGAGGAGAGAAGGACGUCCGGAACGGAGAAUCCGGCGCCGCCGGCUCCAACUCCCUCGAUGCGACUCACGGCGCCGGCUACCGCUUCCCCUCCAAACAAGCCUUCACUGCCGGAUCUCUCGCUCUCACCGGAGACACCGUCGCUCAGCUCCGAGAUCGGUGGGUGAGGAGCAAGGACGUUCUUCCGAAACAUCCGCAGUUGCAGGAUGUCGCGGGAGUUCUGCUUUCUGAGCAUGAUUGGCUCCGAGCUCUCCGGAUGACUUCAUAUGGGUUCUUGCUAUAUGGACCUGCUACGUUUUCGUGGUACAAGUAUCUUGAUCAUUGCAUGCCGAAGCCAUCAGCUCAGAAUUUGUUCAUGAAGGUUUUGCUUAAUCAAGUUGUUCUCGGUCCAUGUGUGAUUGCGGUUGUUUUUGCAUGGAACAAUUUAUGGUUAGGGAAACUCUCCGAGCUUCCGAAUAAGUAUCGCAGAGACGCCCUUCCCACUCUUCUUUUUGGAUUUAGGUUCUGGAUCCCUGUCAGUGUUUUGAACUUCUGGGCAGUCCCUCUUCAAGCUCGAGUUGCUUUCAUGUCGAUGGCCUCUAUAUUCUGGAACUGCUGCUUGUCUGCAACUAUGAACAAGAAGUAGAAGAGACCAUCUGGUGGUCCUCUACUCGGCAUCGUCUUUGUAGGUACCCUUUUCUGUGGCCUCGGAGAGCAAAUCAAUUAGAGGUCUUUCUAACUGGGGGUGAGAUAGGCAAUGACCGAUAAUACGGAGUAUUUGGUUAGCGUGAUAUCUGCGACUUGAACGAGGUUGGAAUUUUUUGAACUUUGGAUCUUUGGCUAAGAUUUAUCAAUAUAUGACGCACUUAUUAUAUGUUUUUUAAGAUUCAGGGUGCUAAAAAAUUGGGGCCCUAGGUUCAUAAAUGCCCCCCCCCCCCCAAAGAGUAUCUAAAUCAAUAUUUUAAGAAGUGGUAAAGCUAGACCUUCGCGUGAAUGAUACCAUUGCAGGUAUGAUACAUGAUAUGGCGCAAUGGCGACGUUUGAUCCAUGUAGCCGACCCCACCUUGUGGGAUAAGACUUUAUUGUUGUUGU